AUGAUGCAACUUAAUAAUUUAAACCUCAUCAUCGCCUCUCCCUCCCACCCACCCAGCUCGCCAUUGCCUCUCCCUCCCACGUUUCCAUGCCCGCUCCCCCCCACCCCGCCAUCCACUCUCUAUCCCAUCGCGCCAUCCCCUCUCCCUCCCACCCGCCGUCGCCUCUCCCUCCCAUCCGCCGUCGCCGCUCCCUCCCUCCCGCCGUCGCCGCUCCCUCCCACCCGGCCGUCGCCUCCCCCUCCCAUCCCGCGGUCGCAUCCCCCUCCCACCCGGCCGUCGCUUCCCCCUCCCGUCCCGCCGUCGCUUCUCCCUCCCACCCCGCCGUUGCCUCUGGCGACAGGCGCUGGCGCCGUUGGCUCCUCCCCGCCGUCACCUCUCCAUCCUCCCCGCCGUUGCCUCUCCCUCCUCCCCGCCGUCGCCUCUCCCUCCUCCCCGCCGUCGCCUCUCCCUCCUCCCUGCCAUCGCCUCUCCCUCCUCCCCGCCGUCGCCUCUCCCUCCUCCCCACCGUCGCCUCUCCCUCCUCCCCGCCGUCGCCUCUCCCUUCUCCCCGCCGUUGCCUCUCCCUAG